AUGCAUAGAAGUAGCGUACAGAGCGAGAAGACACAGUUCUUCGUGCUGAUUUUACUCUUCAUUAUUGUGGAACUUAUUGGAGUUAUUCUUGCACUGAACUACCAAAAAAUGGUCAAGCAAGAACACUUCCUGGUGGAACUGCAAAGAUUUUACAAAGGGGAUAAUGCAUCUGAAGUCUUCAGUCAGUCCUGGAAUACCAUCAUGAUAGCACUUUCGUGUUGUGGUAUUUCUGGAUUAAAUGAUUUUGAUAACACAUCUCAUUUUCAUGAGAUGUAUCCCUUCACCCCAUGGCCUGAUGCAUGCUGUCGACGUGAUGAUCCUGUCUCCGGAAAAAUCCUAGAUAGAGAAAAAUGUAUGCAAAACACACCAGGCUUCACCAAUAAUCAGGGCUGUUUUAUGACAGUUUCCAGAGGAUUAAAGAAAUAUAUUUCAAUCUCGGGAGCCAUUUGUUCAGGCGUUCUAGUAACUGAGGUAUUUGCUAUGUUUACUGCAAUUUGCCUUUAUUACAACUUUGAUUAAAGGAACUAUCUUGAUUGAAAAUAAGCAGCAAAUCCUGCUUGGAAGAAAAAGGCAGUCUUUUUACACAGUGAAAUUCCUAGAAAUGUGGCCCAGGGAGGGUGUUCCGACAUGCUUUUAUAAUUUAACCAUAUAUACUGUAAUACAUGUCCAGAAGGAGGCACUGCCACCAUCAAACAGUUUAAAGCAACCAAAGGACAAAUACUGGAUUAUAUGUUACAUAUAUAUACAGUUUAGAAGAUAUGUUCUGCAUCUGUACAAUGACUAGUGCAACACUAUGAUAAAAAUAAAAUUUGUA